GAUUCGCCACACCAUAAAUCCAACAGCCCCGCAAAGAAUCAAGCUCAGUCGUUUCUCGACUUCCGGCUUAUUCACUCAAAAUGCCAUUCUUAUCGGCCUUUACCAUCGCUAUCCUGCUGCUGGUUCCCACCCCAACUCCAUUAGCCCAAAAUGCCGAAAUGGACAUCGACUGGCUUAACAAUGGAACUAUUCAAUCGCUAAUCGGCACCAUCUUCGAUCAAAUCCAUCACAUAGAUAUCGUAAUUGGUGAGCAAUUCUCGGUCACCCGGUUGGGAGAUCGAAUCGACGGUCUCAUUCAUCGACGGGAAGGCCCAUUGUUUGGCAAGUCCGUCCGAAUCUACGGCGGAGAAGUGCUUCGAUCCGACGACUACCAGGAAGGCUGUUCCGGCGAUAGGUCCAUCCUUUCCGCGGUCAUUGUGAAUCCGGCGGAAUCCGGAGACUUGGACGCACUUGGAGUAAUCGAUCGGGACUACGCCGAGGAGUCCAGUUUUAUAGGAUGGGAUGGCUCGUACGAGUCGUUUGCGAAGAUCUGGGACCAGAACCAUCGCAAUGGGUAUAUAGUAUUUGCAAACAGGGACUCGUUCGAUUCAAUGAUGAAGUGUCUGCUGGAUCCGAGAGGUACCUACUUGGUGGUUCUCGGAAGUGGGGAAGAAUUUCCAAUGGACGAAAUGCGUGGAAUGUUGAAUUCACUGUGGAUGCACAACGGAUUGUAUCGUCUGUUCUUUUUGAAUAGCGAUCAAAUCUACACCUUUGAUCCGUUCGCGAUUGAUGGACGCAGAUAUGGGACGCUAGUUAGUUUGCGAGGACCCGACGAUAUCCCAAGGAUACCCGCGAGCGAUUUCAAAGGUUAUCCUUUGAGAGUCGAUAUCUUUCGAUCUACAUAUUCCGAACCGGUGUUGAACGCCAGUGGCGCAAUAAUUGACUUCGAAGGAGCGGACAUGGAAGUCAGUCGCGUGUUCACCGAAGUCAUGAACUUCACAGCCGACUAUCUGCCUCCGGACAAAGACAACUUCGGUGUCCAACUUCCGAAUGGAAGCUUCAACGGAGUUAUCGGACGCCUGUCGCGUCACGAGAGCGACGUCGCCUACGUUGGAUUCUUCAUCAAGGACUACUUUAGCCGGGACAUCGAGUUUACCAACGGGAUCUACACCGACGAGUUGUGUUGCGUUGUGAAGAAGGCCAGUCGCGUGCCGGAGUAUCUGCUUCCGAUCACUAUCUUCCCGGCAGAUCUUUGGAUACUGCUGUUCAUGAUGGGUAUCGCUUGCUCCAUAGCGUGGAUGGUGCUGCGAGCUGGUAUCCAGGCAAAAGGAACCUCUCGCAUUCGGUGGGUUCAGAAACGUCGUUUCGCCUACCUGUUCAACCUAUCCAACGAGAUCCGAGAUGCGCCGCUGUAUCGCAAACUGAUUCAAAUCUGUAUAGACACGUAUGUGUUGCUGUUGAGUGCUCCAUACCAGCGAUUCACCCGGUCCGGUAUCGAACGCCUAAUGCUCUUCGGAAUCAUGAUGGUUAGCUUGAUCUUCGUCUCCAUGUUCCAAUCGAGUCUGUCAUCGGUGUAUUUGAACCCGGUCUACUAUAAGGACAUCGACAGUCUGCAAGGGUUGGACGAGGCCGGCAUAAAGAUCCCCGUGAAGUACAAAGGCUACAUGGACGACGUCUUCCCGGCCAACUACAGCCCGACUAUGGAUUCGCUGCGGAACAAGAUGGUACUGGAAAGUGGAAAAGAAUCGAUGUUGGCCAAGGUGGCUCGAGUAGGAACGAUUUCAACCGUUACGCGUAAGACGACCUUCUCUCUGGACAAUGCGGUGUACAUCACCACCAAGCAGCUGUUCAUGAUUCCCGAGUGUCCUCGAUCGUACAACCUGGCCUAUGUAGUGCCGAGGCAUUCCGUAUUUCUGGAAAAGAUCAACAUUGUACUAUCGUGGAUGCUGAACGGUGGACUGAUCGACCACUGGAUCAACGUGAUGAACUUCAACGUGUCGAUCAAGGACUGGGACAAGAUCAGGAACGCUGAGGCGGCCAACUUCAAGAUUCUUACGCUGAUUGACAUGCAAUUUCCGUUCUAUCUUCUGGUGAUUGGAUUGAUUAUGAGUACGGUGGUUUUCUUCGGCGAACUGGUGUAUUUCAAAUAUUUGAAGUAGGACUUAAACGUCUUAGUAUUUAUUUGUAUA